AUGGUAGAAUCUUCAUUGUUAUCAGGAAUUUUUUCCUCAAAUCCAUAUUUUUCAGCAGGAGUUGGAGUUAUCGGGGUAGGAGCAGGCCUAGCAGCCUUAAGAAAAGGGUUGAUGUAUGGACUUACCAUAACGCGUAGACAAAUGCUUGUAUCUCUAGAGAUUCCUUCAAGAGACAAGUCAUAUCAAUGGUUUUUGCAAUGGAUGUCACAACAGUCCAAACAGCGAAUACAUCAAUAUGCAGUAGAAACUAGUUUUAUACAACAUGACAAUGGUAGUGUUAGUACGGCAUUCAGCUUGGUUCCAGGACCAGGAAAACAUUUCUUUAGAUGGAAAGACACCACUACUUCUUUGGAACAAAUUUUGAAAUGUGUUGAGCGUCAACGAGAUACCAAGAUGUUGGAUAUGACUUCUGGUAGUCCAUGGGAAACCGUCACGUUGACAACAUUGGCCCGUGACCGACAUUUGUUUGGAGAAUUGUUGAAGGAAGCACAAAAACUAGCAUUAGCUAAACAAGAAGGAAAAACUGUUGUUUUUACUAGUUGGGGGCCUGAAUGGCGACCUUUUGGAUUACCAAGAAAACGUAGAUUAUUAGAUUCGGUGAUAUUAGAUAGAGGAGUUAAAGAAAGGGUAGUUAAAGAUGUCAAAGAUUUUAUUAGCAAUGGCAAAUGGUAUAAUGACAGAGGAAUACCAUAUAGGCGUGGGUAUUUGUUGUAUGGGCCACCAGGAAGUGGUAAAAGUAGUUUUAUACAAGCACUUGCAGGGGAGUUGGAAUAUAAUAUUUGCAUAUUAAACUUGGCAGAAUUGGGAUUAACAGAUGAUCGAUUAAAUCAUUUGAUGAGCAAUGCACCCCAACGAAGUAUUAUAUUAUUAGAAGAUAUUGAUGCAGCUUUUAACCCAAAGCAAUUGCCGACAACUACAACAGAAAAACAGCAAUAUCGUGGAAGCGGAUUAUUAAAUGCAUUGGAUGGAGUGGCAUCAUCUGAAGAGCGUAUAAUAUUUAUGACAACUAAUCAUUUGGAACAUCUUGACAAUGCAUUGAUUAGACCUGGUAGAGUUGAUGUCAAAGAGUUGUUUGAUAAUGCAAGUGAAUACCAGAUUCAUAAUAUGUUUUUAAGAUUUUAUGAGGGGGCAGAUAUGUUGGCAGAUGAAUUUGUUAAGAGAGUGCGAGGUAAAGGAGUGAGUACAGCCCAAUUACAAGGACAUUUUGUGUAUUAUAAAAACAAUGCAAAAGCAGCAGUUGCAAAUUCAGAUUCUGUUAUGAAGAAUUGUAUUUUGGCAGCAAAUGGCGAGGAGGAGGCUUAUCAUUUAACACCAUAUGCUACUUAUUUAUUGAUUGCUAGAACGAUCUUGGUUGAACAUGAUUAUUUAUUAAAAGAUUUGAAAACUGAAAAUUGGUGGGCUUUAAGAACUUUAUUUCUUCAACAACGUAUACUAGAUGAUGUUGUUGAAUUAAAAAUGAGAUUUUAUUUAGAGCAUGGACUUGUUUAUCAUUAUUAUUUUAAAGAUUUUUUAUCUGUUGAACAAUUUCAAAAAGCUCAAAAUUUCAGUGGACUUGAAUGGAAACUCACAGGUGCAUUAGGAAAAAGAACAAAAUUUCAAACAUUUGAUGUAACCCAGUUAUUAAUUGUUGCAAAUAGUAGUACUGGAAACAAUGAUGAAAAAAUUGAACUUACCAAACAAAACAACAACAAUAAAAAUGACGAAGUUGUUGAUAAAUUUGAUCUAAAGAAUCAAAAGAAUCUUAAAGUGAUAGAUCAAUGUAUUUUAUUGGCCUUCUGUUUAAAUGUAAAGAAUAUUAAUCCAUCUCAUGGCAUAACCACAGAACAGAUGGUCCCAUAUGUAACACGAGUUCUUGAAAAUCCAAACAAUUGGAUGGUAUACACAAUGGCUCUAUUGCUUAGAUCAAGACUGGAAAAAGAACAUUCACGUACAAUGGAACGAUCUGUUUUACAACUUCAAGCUCUUGUGGAUCAAUUUCCAUUACAUGAACUAUCAAGUGUGAAAGAACGUAUAUUAUAUUUCUAUCAAAUUUUAAUACCAUCGAAAUGGGAAAUGGAAAGAGAAUUGGCCAUACAAUAUUUGUCAUUAGGUGUUGUACGUUCAGCUUUACAAAUCUUUGAAAGAUUGGAAAUGUGGGAGGAUGUGAUAAAUUGUUAUAUUAUUCUGGAAAAAGAAGAAAAAUCCAAAUCAAUAAUACAACAACGAUUACUUGUUACACCAAAUUCACCCAAAUUAUAUUGUUUAUUGGGAGAUAUAGAGAAAAAUCCAAAACAUUGGGAACACGCAUGGGAAGUAUCAGGGAAUCGAUAUGCAAGAGCUAUGAGAUCAUUGGGAAGUUAUUGGUAUAAACAAAAAAAUUUUAUGAAAUCAAUAGAAUGCUACGAAAAAGCAUUAAAAAUCAAUCCGCUAUUUGAAAAUUCAUGGUUCAUUAAAGGAUGUGCAGCAAUGCAUAUGGAAAAUUGGGAGUUGGCUAUUGAGGCAUUCACACGUACUAUUUCUGUUAAUCCCGAAAACUCUGAAUCAUGGAAUAAUCUUGCUACCAUAUUUCUAAAACAAAAUCGAAAGUUUGAAGCCUUCAAUUCAUUUCAGCAAGGAUUGAAAUUAAAUUAUGAUAAUUGGAAAAUAUGGACAAAUUAUAUGUAUACAUGCGUGGAUAUAGGUGAAUUCAAUGAGACAAUCAGAGCAAUGGAACGUAUAGUUGAAUUAAGAUGGAGAAAAGACAGGGAUAAUUGUGUUGAUAUAGAAGUAUUAGAAAUAAUAGUUAAUGCAAUCACAAAAGACAUUAAAGAUAUAAAUAAAUCAGAUUCAAGUAGAUUAGCACCAAGGCUGGAGAAACUAUUAAUUGAAACAAUAACAUCAAAAAUAACAUCAAAUUAUGAAAAAGAUUAUAAACAAUCAUUAGAAUCAGAAUUGAAAGCCUACAGGAGUGUUUUAUAUGAUCCAAAAUUAGAAAGCUCAGAACAAGUAUUUCAUAAAGUCUCAAAGAGUGCAUUAGAGGUUGUAGAAGCGUACCAGAAUCUUGGCGAGUUGAAAAGUCAAAAGAAAAAAUCGAUCGAUGGUAAAGAAGUUAUUGAGGAAGAGAUGGUUUGUGAAGAUUGGUUGUAUCAAGCUAAAACUUUAUUAAAAAGUUUAAUAGGUAGAACUAAAAAAUCUUUUGAAGGAACUGAAACACAUGAUCAAUUAAUUAAAACUUUAAAAGAGUUAAAAUAA